AUGCGAUGCUCCGACAUUCCCACAGGCACCCGCGUCCUCUUCGAGAAGCCGUUGCUCAUGAUACCCAACAACAUGCCCGAUGCAGAACUGGAGAAGCGACUCGCACGGGACUUGCAGGCACUGGAUAAGGAGCAGCAACGACAAUACCUCUCACUCCAUAAAAACUAUGGUAGCAAACGUAUCUUCUGUGGAAUCUUCAAGACCAAUCCAAUGUCAAGUGGCAGCGAUUCGGCCGCCAUUGCGAUUUUCCCCACUAUUAGCCCGAUCAACCACAGCUGUCUUCCAAACAGCCAUUACACCUGGAAUGACCUCUUUGGAAAUGGAAACCGUUCACGUCACUCGCACUAUCAACGCUGGGAAGCAGAUAACCAUCUGCUGUACCGACCCUUGAAGCACUCGCACGCGGAUACCCGCUGUUACGCGGUACAGCUCAACAACUGGCAAUGCGAUGAAGCACGAACGAGUGUGUUCGCUGAGAGUGCCUACGAUGCUUUACUUAUUUGUGUAAGCGAAGACAGUGAAGACGCCUACGAGAUGAAGCGCAUGAUGGACGACACAGCCUCGCUCACAGAUUUCGGCUUCAUCUCGAACCAGUGGAAGUCUACCAAGGACAUUUUCCCAACAGGUCUGAACAAGAAAGAAUUCGAGAAGUGGUUUUGGAGACUUGAAGUAGAAGCGUUGUUACCCGGUGUCGAUGUCGAAGACUUGUUGUCGUCUUCCAACGUGGCUGGUACUGCACGAUCAGUCAUACAGUCCCAAACGCCUGAGGUAGCUCCAAGCCCACAAGGCAGUACUAACUCAAGUACACAUGAGCCUGCACUUCCUGAGGCUGUACCAAACAAUGUUGAUGGCUUCAACUGGCAAGAAGAAGAUGUCAACGUGGAUGGUUUGACAGACGGCAUGGCCGCCCUUUCGGUCGAGCCUACUGGCGUAGGUUAUCUUGCGCUCGGUGCGUGGACAUUGAAUAAUGAUCAAAUUGGCCUGGAAGACUAUCUGUACCGUCGAGCCUUGACAUUGGGUCAGGAAGAAUCGGUGUUUGAAGCCGCCAGCCUGACGUCUGUACAAGCACUCAUACUGCUGAGCAACCUUAGUCAGAAACGGAAUAGUCCAAACACGGGAUGGAACUUACUAGGCCUUGCUGUGCGUACAGCGCUGAGUCUAGCACUCCAUAGAGAACUUCCUCACUGGAACAUUACUUUGAUCGAGCGCGAGACGAGACGUAGAGUAUGGUGGGGCCUAUACAUCUUCGACAGUGGAGCUUCGACAACUUUUGGUCGUGCCAUCAUGCUACCGGAUCAAGAGACAAUGGAUGUUCAUUCGGUACUAAAUAUCAGCGAUGAGUCGCUUACGCCACAAACCAUAACGCUCCCUACAGAGGUUGACGAGCCUACCAUCUACUCUUCGUUAAGAGCGCAGAGUAGUUUUCACUUGCAGACAAAUCACAUCUCAAAUAAACUACUAGCCGAGCCCGGGCUCUCCGCUGAGGCCGCACUCGCUUUGAACACCUCUAUGGAUGCGUGGACACACACAGUUCCUCCAUACUUCCAGCUUUCACAGCCACCUAGCUCGCCAGCCCAAUGGUAUGUGUUCGCGCGGUCUCGGCUGUGGUGGAGAUUUUGGAACCUCAAGAUCAUUAUAUUCCGACAAAUUCUGCUGCGCCGAGCGAUCUCCGAGCGAGGUCAGAUACCAGAUCAAGCCACGCAGUCCACCCAAGAAGACUGCAAGCGAAUAUGUCUUGAAGCUGCGCAUUCAACAGUCGUCUCGAUACAUGAAUAUGCAAUGCAGGAAUUGAAUAGACUUGAGGGCUGGUACGCGACGUAUUUUCUCUUCCAUGCGGCACUAGUAAUAACCCUAUGUAUUAUCAGCUUUCCACGCGCUGAGGAAACUGCAUCCUGGCACGAUGACGUUCGCUUGGCCAGAACCACUUUUCGCGAACGGCUUGUUGGAGAUUCACUAUCAGCCCGUUGCGUAGCUAUUCUCGACCAAGUCGUGUCCGAUGGCGAUUUGAACUCAGGUACGCUGCAGGAUCUGGAGUUGGACAAGGACGCUUUGAGCACGUUCCCAUGGUCCAUUGAGUCCAACGAGUUAUUCAACUCUUUUGAUUGGGAUUUUACGACAUCCGGAUUUUGA